CGCGACGCGGGAGACCCGGCCCGCCUCCGCCGCAUUGUCCCGGGCCCCGCACCCCGGCCCUGAACCUCGCCGCUGCAGCGCCCGCCCGCGGGGCCAUGCGGAGGGCCUCGGGGAUGGAGGACUUCUCCGCAGAGGAAGAGGAGCCCUGGUACGACCAGCAGGACCUGGAGCAGGACUUGCACUUGGCCGCGGAGCUGGGGAAGACGCUGCUGGAGAGGAACAAGGAGCUGGAGGAAUCUCUGCAGCACAUGUAUGCCACCAACGAGGAGCAGGUGCAGGAGAUCGAGUACCUGACCAAGCAGCUGGACACGCUGCGGCAUGUGAACGAGCAGCAUGCCAAAGUGUACGAGCAGCUGGACCUGACAGCCCGAGACCUGGAGCUGGCCAACCAGAAGCUGGUGCUGGAGAGUAAGGCUGCCCAGCAGAAGAUCCAUGGGCUGACGGAGACCAUUGAGCGUCUGCAGGCCCAGGUGGAGGAGCUGCAGGCCCAGGUGGAGCAGCUUCGGGGCCUGGAGCAGCUGAGAUUGUGCCGGGAGAAGCGGGAGCGCCGGCGCACCAUCCACACCUUCCCCUGCUUCAAGGAGCUGUGCACCAGCCCCCGGUGUGAGGAUGCCUUCCGCCUGCACAGUUCCUCGCUGGAGCUGGGCCCCAGGCCCCUGGAGCAGGAGAAUGAGCGCCUGCAGAGCCUGGUGGGAGUCCUGCGGUCCCAGGUGAGCCAGGAGCGGCAGCGCAAGGAGCGGGCGGAACGCGAGUUUGCGGCCGUGCUCCAGGAGUACGCGGAGCUGGAGCAGCAGCUGUGCGAGAUGGAGGGCUGCCGCCUUCGCGUGCAGGAGCUGGAGGCCGAGCUGCUGGAGCUGCAGCAGAUGAAGCAGGCGAAGACCUACCUGCUGGGCCAGGAGGAUCACCUAGCCGAGGCCCUAUUGGCACCCCUCACCCAGGCCCCUGAGGCCGAUGACCCCCAGCCAGGCCUCGGAGAUGAGUUCGGUGUCCAGGAUGGUGUCUCCUCCCCGGCCACCUCCCCGGGCCACUCCGUGCGCAAGAGCUGCAGCGACACGGCGCUCAAUGCCAUCGUGGCCAAAGACCCAGCCAGCCGGCACGCAGGCAACCUCACGCUGCACGCCAACAGCGUGCGCAGGCGGGGCAUGUCCAUCCUGCGUGAGGUGGAUGAGCAGUACCACGCGCUGCUAGAGAAGUACGAGGAGCUGCUGAGCAAGUGCCGACAGCACCGGGCUGGGGUGCGGCAUGCUGGCGUGCAGACCUCGCGGCCCAUCUCCCGGGACAGCUCCUGGAGGGACCUCCGGGGCGGCGAGGAGGGCCAGGGGGAGGCCAAGGCCAUGGAGAAGAGCCUGAGCCAGCACUUGGAGGCCGUGGACAAGCGGCUGGAGCAGAGCCAGCCUGAGUACAAGGCGCUCUUCCAGGAGAUCUUCUCCAGGAUCCAGAAGACCAAGGCCGACAUCAACGCCACCAAGGUCAAGACCCAUAGCAGCAAGUGACCUGCAGGCCCCCCCAACCAGGGUCAGGCCAUGGGUGCCUCAUGCCUGGGCCGUACUGCCUCUGGUGAAUGAGGGAGCCUCUUUGCGGCAAUAUAUCCCAGUGGAGGCCGCUGUCCAGCCCAGGGAGCCGGCGGAGGACCCAGCUUGUUCGCUGCUGAAGUGGGAGGUGGUCAACAUGUCGACACGCCUGGCCCCUCAGGACCCUCCAUGAUCCUGUGUCAGCCCAAGGCACAGCUAAGAGUUACAAAGCCAAACACCCCUGCUUCCCUCCCCUGGCUUUCUGACCCCAGAUUUGUCGCCAGGCUUCUGAGAGCCAUGCUGGACCUAGUUUGCUUCCCCCCCACCCCCCAAAGUUUGGUUUCUUCUUUUUGAGAGAUUUGCAAUGUAAGGUCCCCCUAACUCCUUGCCACAACUGGAAACACUUGAAGGGGGACCCCAGAGCCCGCCGUGGCAGGUUCCUGGGGCCUCCUGGACCACCCGCUGCUUCUCCCCGGCUCUAACCGCUGUCAUUCCUUUGGCACCAGCUGUCCCACCCCCAGGGUCCUCAUCAGGUCAGAGAUGGCCUCUGUCAUGCAAAGCAGAACACCUCUGCCUGGCCUCGAGUGUCCCCCACCCUGGCCCAGGUGAGGGUGGCCUUUCUUUUGGAGACCCUCAGCCUGGCACAUCUGGAGCCACGCGAGGGGCGGGACAGAGCGCCCCUCGCUGCCAUAUGUGAGCGAGCGGCGCGCCACUGCCCUCAGAGCCCUCCUCCUUGGGUUCUACCCUGGAAACACCCUCUGGGCACUAAGCCUUCCAGGGGCCUGGGCCGCGGGGAGCCCCCUCCUCUGCACGCUGCCUGCAACGCAUCAAGUCCGGCCUCCGCCUGCUCCCGCCUCAGGGACCUUACCAUGUCUCCCUCACUCCUGUGCUCCCCACACGCUGACCUCACCACAGGUCACACCUGCUGCCCCCAGAAUGUGCUGCAAGCCAGUGGCCGCAGCUUCCGCCCUGCCCCCCUUCCCUGGGGAUGGCCCAAGACUCCCACCCCACACUGAACAGUAUUUAAAACGGGACUGGGAGGGAGAGUGUGUCUCCUUCCUCUCAUAAAAUGCCUGCUCUUAACCUCCUGCCUUUGCGGGGGUCUCUUGAGGACCCUGCUGGGGCUCAGCCUAUUGUGAAGGCUUCAGAAAGUCCAGCUUCAACUAGGAGAUGCCCAGGUCCCCAGCUUGCCCUGAGCAAUUCAGGGCUCCCAGUUUCUGCCGCCCACUCCCCCUGAAGCCCAAGCAGUCAGGGGGGCCAUCCAGCCCGGGGAAGGCGGUGGCCCUGGCCUCUGUGCGGGGAGCCCAGUGGGCACCUUCAUGCCUUACUCACUUCUAAGGGGUAAAGGGGUUUUCUUAAUACGCUCGCCGGACCUCCCCAGAGGUGCCAACCUGCUCUCCGGGCGGCACUGUGAUGAGAGCUGUCGGCUGGUCCUUCGGCCACACAUCUUGGAACCCUUUGUCCUUUGGAGCCAGGCGGCUCCCAGCCCUCCAUGUGUCUCUGUCA